GAAACACACAAUCCGGAGUCGGAGAAAACUUUCGGAGGAUCGAUGAAUACUUGUCAGUUUACGGAGAAGCAGAUAAUGGAUCUAUCCUCUUCAUCUCCACCUGCCACUGAUUUCAUCGAUCUGAUGAACAAUACUACUAAUUCACAUUACAAGCUGCGGCUCGGCGAGGAUGGAUUAGAGUCGAGCAAGGAGGAGAUGGUUCCCAGCUACGAUUUCCAGCCGAUCCGUCACAACACCGCCGUUGGAUUGUCUCAGUCGGCUUUAAACCUCGCCGGAUCUACCACUGCUACGGUGUGGUCCCCGUCUGAUUCUAAACCUGUUUCCACUCUAUCUAACAGGGGUUUUGGAUCUCUCGACUCUAUUGAACCUACAAAGUUGGUUCCUGACAAGGGUGAGAAUGUGCCUACCACGACGAUUUUGUGUGAGAUUGAAAGGACAAUGAAGAAACAUGCAGAUACCUUGCUGCAUGUUAUGGAAGGUGUAAGUGCGCGUCUGACACAGCUGGAGACCACAACCCACAAUCUCGAAAACCUGGUCGAUGAUCUCAAAUUUUCUGUUGACAACAGUCACGGAAACACCCACGGGAAAAUGAGACAGCUUCAAAAUAUCCUUGUAGAGGUGCAAAGCGGUGUGCAACUACUCAAGGACAGACAUGAGAUUGUCGAAGCUCAGCUUCAGCUUUCAAAGCUUCAGGUAUCCGAAUUAGAACAGCACCCCGAAAUGCACUCAGUACGUGUUGAUGGGACUGCUCAAUCUCCCGCACUAGUCACUCCGCAGCAAAUGCCACAGUUUCCUCCUCUCAAUUCUCUGUCCCAGCAAAUCCCCCGGCCACAAUCCUCAUCGUCACAACUGCUAGCUCAGCUACCCACUCAGUUUUCUCCUCAACAGGAGCCGUAUUGCCCUCCGCCUAGUCAUUCCCAACCACCUCCACCAAACCAGAUUCCUUAUCAAGCUCCUCCUCAAACUCAGCCACCACAUCAACCACCUCAGCAGUCACAGUACCCUCAACAGUCACCACCACCAUCAGGUUACAGCCCUGAGGAACAUCCAUCAUAUGCGAUGCAGUCUUACUCGCCAAACCCUCCUCGUCAGCAGCCACGAGCUGGUUCCGCCCCUUGUCAACAGCUCUACAAGGCUCCUCCUCAACCACAACCAUCAAUGUAUGAUGGAGCGGGUGGUAGAUCUAGUUCAAGUUUCCCUUCCGGGUACUCGUCGGAAUCCUACCCAUACACUGGUUCACCUUCAUCAGCGAAACCGCCACAUAUGAGUAGCAGCGGAACUGGUUACUCACAGCUCCCAAAUUCACGUCCAAUGGCUGCAGCCGUGAGACGUGGCGGCGACUCUAGCUCCCCGAGAUCAGAAAGCAGAGUCCCAAUAGAUGAUGUAAUCGACAGGGUGACAACCAUGGGCUUCCCAAGGGACCACGUGAGAGCAGCGGUGAGAAAACUGACUGAAAACGGCCAAGCGGUUGACCUCAACGUGGUUCUAGAUAAGUUGAUGAACGAAGGGGGAGGAGCUUGGUUUGGUGAUCGGUAG